AUGCCUGUGGGGUGUAAGCCGCUUGCAAAUUAUACCGUCCAAGCAUGGCGUCAUCACCCCAUCGCGGAAGCAACCCGCGCUGCCGCUCCACGGAAGGGGUCUACCAAGGCUAUCUUCAACCAGCACAAUGCAAGAAUACCACUAGUUGAGGAAUUGAGUUCUUGGAAUGACCAUGUCUGCCCUGGGAAUUUCACAACAACUGCAUGUGUUCCUGCAUCACGAUGCGACAGUAAAUGGUUGACAUCAUCUGGCAGCCUCACAUUGCUACCCGAGUUGCCAAGGCACCGUGCAGAUGGCCAGACCAGCCAGGGCAAGGCCCUGUCAGAAGCCAUUUAG